GCGGAGGCGGCUCGCCUCGUCCCUCGCAGCAGGAGAUGCUCGCUGUUUUCCCGGUGUCGCCUCCGCUGCUGUUGCCGCCGCCCCCCUGUCUGAGGAGGAGGCCGCCGCCCCCGCCCCCCCCGGGAUGUGAGCUGGGGUGCGCUGCUCUCCUGUCCCCGCGUUAGAGCCGCGCCCGCCGCCCCCAUGCAUCCCGCCCUGUACACCCGGGCCAGCAUGAUACGCGAGAUCGCCGCGGCUGUGGGCUUCAUCUCCAAGUUCCUGCGCACCAAGGGGCUGAUGAACGAGCGGCAGCUGCAGACUUUCAGCCAGAGCCUACAGGAGCUGCUGGCAGAGCAUUAUAAACAUCACUGGUUCCCAGAAAAGCCAUGCAAGGGAUCAGGUUACCGUUGUAUCCGGAUCAACCAUAAAAUGGAUCCUCUGAUUGGACAAGCAGCACAACGGAUUGGACUGAGCAGUCAGGAACUGUUCCGGCUUCUUCCAAGUGAACUCACUCUAUGGGUUGACCCCUAUGAAGUCUCCUAUCGUAUCGGAGAGGAUGGCUCAAUCUGUGUGCUGUAUGAAGCUGCACCAGCAGGAGGUAGCCAAAAUAACACCAACAUGCAAAUGGUAGACAGCAGAAUAAGCUGUAAGGAGGAACUUCUCUUGGGCAGAACAAGCCCUUCCAAAAACUACAAUAUGAUGACUGUAUCGGGUUAAGAUAUAGUCUAUGGAUGGAUCACCUUAAAAUGGAUGGAUAAAAUUGGUUUUUACUUUGGGUGGGCUCCUCUGGGGAUGGAUUAUGGAAUUUAAACCAUGUCACAGCUGUGAAGAUCUGGCACACAAUAGAGUGGUAAACUUUCAAGUGACAGUGCCGUAGUUUGGACAGUACCUUUUCAGUGAUUUAACAGCCUGUGAGUCAGAAUGAUCACUUUAUUUGCUAGGGAGUGAAGAGGUCCAAGGAAGGUUUCAGUUUCUCCCAGACAUCUUACUUAAUUUUUACACAAAUUAUUUCAAUCCAAAUCUGUAUUUAUAAAGUUACUCUGCAGUUGGUCUUGCAGAGUAAAUUUGCACUAUUACACUUACAAAUUUGUUACAUUUUUGGCAGCUCAGUAACAAGACUUGUUAUAAACAUAAUAGUACUGGAAAUUUUCUGACUUUUACCUAGCACUUGCAAUAUGUAUAAAUGUACAUAAAACAAAUUUGUAAGCAUGACCUGGGAAAAUGGUCAAACUUCAUAUUGUGUAUUGGCCUUGAAAGUAACAAGUGACCAGAAUCUGCCAUGGCAACAGGCUUUAAAAAAAGACCAUAUAAAGACACUGUCUGAACUGUGGUGUUAGCACCAGCCAGCUAUCUGUACAUUUGCUAGCUUGUAGUUUUCUAAGACUGAGUAAACUUCUUAUUUUUAGAAAGUGGAGGUCUGGUUUGUAAUUUCCUUGUAUGUAAUUGGGUAAAAGUCUUUUCCACAAACCACCAUCUAUUUUGUGAACUUUGUUAGUCAUCUUUUAUUUGGUAAAUUAUGAACUGGUGUAAAUUUGUACAGUUCAUGUAUAUUGAUUGUGGCAAAGUUGUACAGAUUUCUAUAUUUUGGAUGAGAAAUUUUUCUUCUCUCUAUAAUAAAUUGUUUCCUAUCUUGGCAUUUUAA